CGGUAAAAGACAGAGUGCGCAUGCGUUGAUGGACGCUACCUAGAAUGUUCCAGUGUGUUCACGUGCUUGUGUUUAUAAGGGUAAACUUGCCGACGACUCCUUCAUUCAGAGAGAUCCCUGUGGAUAUUUAGAGUUGUUUUUGAACCUGAGCAAUACCUGUGAAGACAUGUCAGAAGAUAGACAGAACAGGAGAUACCCCCAGAAUCUCCAGGGGGUUUUACAGAUGGCAGUAGAUGCUGGACCAGCAGCAGAAGAGGCUCCAGCUCCAGUUCAGCCAAUGUCAGAGGAGAGACAAACGUGGUUGCGAGAAGCGCUCUCUCAAGUGUGCAAAGGCCAGAUGGAGGAAGUAGAGCAGAUAAAGCAGUGCUUGACCGUUUUACGCAAAGAAAAUUUAGGUGACCAGGAUGAAAACGGAGAAGAAAUGAGAGACGGGGAUGACGAGGACGAGCGCGAGUCGGCCUUUGAGAUGUUGUCGGACUUGUGUGAGAACCUGGACAAUGCUAGAGAUCUGAUGGUGCUUGGUGGGCUAGAGUUGUGCGUCUCCCAGUAUUUGUGUCACGCCCAGAGUGGGCUGAGGUGGCGUGCUGCUGAUCUUGUUGCCUGCUGUGCUCAGAACAUGCCACAGAUUCAGGACCACCUGCUCAGUAUUGGGACUCUCCCAAAGCUGCUUCAACUAACAGAUUCAGACCCGGACCCCACCGUCAGGGUCAAAGCACUUUAUGCUGUCUCGUGUUUGGUUCGAGAGCAGGAAGCGGGGCUUCAAGCCUUUUUGGCCCUUGAUGGAUUCUCAGUGCUGAUGAGAGGCAUGCAGUCUGAAAACGAGAAGCUCCAGACAAAGUCUGCUUUCCUUCUGCUAAACCUGUUGACCUCACAUCCUGAACAGAAAGAGCCUCUGGUGUCUAUGGGGAUGGUGCAGCAGCUGGUGUCCGUUCUCCGCUCGCCACACUCUCAUUUCCAUGAACAUGUUCUUGGUGCACUCUGCUGUUUGGUUGAAGACUUUCCAAAAGGAGUGACAGAAUGCCAGAUCCCCGCUCUGGCUCUGGAGGAAUUACUCAGACAGAGAGCCAAAGAUCUCCAGGGAAAAGAAGAAAGUCAAGAAGAGCUCGAGUUCUGCGAGCGUCUGAGGAAGAUCUGUUUCAGUGGGCAGCAGUCAGAAGACUUGGGAAUGGAUCGCUGAGGCUUCUAUUUAUUUAUUUUUUUAC